AUGACUGAGGGCACGUGUCUGCGCCGGAGAGGGGGACCUUAUAAAACCGAACCAGCCACUGACCUCACUCGCUGGCGCCUCAGCAAUGAGGAGGGAAGGCAGAGAUGGACGUAUUUCCAAGAAGGUGAAAACCCUGGCCGAGCACAAACUGGCUUGGAAGCCCACUCAUUGGGAUUGGACACUAGGAAUUUCUUCAAGGACUUGCCUAAAGCCCAUACAGCACAGGAGGGGGCUCUGAAUGGGAUGACAUUCUAUGCGGGGCUGCAGGCUGAAGAUGGGCACUGGGCGGGUGAUUACGGUGGCCCACUCUUCCUCCUGCCAGGCCUCCUGAUCACAUGCCAUGUGGCCCACAUCCCACUGCUGCCUGGAUAUAGAGAAGAGAUGGUGCGGUACUUGAGAUCAGUGCAGCUUCCUGAUGGUGGCUGGGGACUGCACAUUGAGGACAAGUCUACAGUGCUUGGGACAGCCCUCAGCUAUGUGUCUCUAAGAAUCCUGGGUGUGGGGCCUGAUGAUCCUGACCUGGUACGAGCCAGGAACAUUCUUCACAAGAAAGGUGGUGCAACACUCAUCCCCUCCUGGGGCAAGUUUUGGCUGGCUGUGCUGAACGUGUAUAGCUGGGAAGGCCUCAACACCCUGUUCCCGGAGAUGUGGCUGUUUCCAGAGUGGAGCCCAGCACACCCCUCCACCAUCUGGUGCCACUGCCGCCAGGUCUACCUGCCCAUGACCUUCUGCUAUGCCAAGCGGCUGACAUGUGCUGCUGAGGAUCCGUUGGUGCAGAGCCUGCGUCAGGAGCUCUACCUGGAGGACUAUGCCAGCAUUGACUGGCCAGCACAGAGGAACCGUGUGUCACCAGACGACUUGUAUACACCGCACAGUUGGCUGCUCCACGUUGUGUUCAUGCUACUCAACCUGUAUGAGCGCCACCAUAGCACCAGCCUGCGGCAGCGUGCCAUCCAGAAACUGUAUGAGCACAUCGUAGCUGAUGACCGCUUCACCAAAAGCAUCAGCAUUGGUCCGAUCUCUAAGACCAUCAACAUGCUUGUGCGAUGGCAUGUGGAUGGUGCAGCCUCCCCUGCCUUCCAGGAGCAUGUGGACAGGAUCCCUGACUAUCUCUGGCUGGGGCUCGAUGGCAUGAAGAUGCAGGGCACCAAUGGCUCACAGGUCUGGGACACCUCGUUUGCUGUCCAAGCCUUCCUGGAGUCUGGUGCACACCACAGGCCUGAGUUUGCAUCCUGCCUGCAGCAAGCGCAUGGUUUCCUCCGCAUCUCACAGAUCCCGGACAACCCCCCUGACUACCAGAAAUAUUAUCGCCAGAUGAACAAGGGUGGCUUCCCCUUCAGCACACGGGACUGUGGCUGGAUCGUUGCUGACUGCACAGCUGAGGGACUGAAGUCUGUGCUCCUCCUGCAGGAGCAGUGUCCCUUUAUCACCGAGCAUGUACCCGACGAGAGGCUAUACGAUGCAGUUGCUGUGCUGCUGAAUAUGAGAAAUUCUGAUGGAGGGUUUUCCACCUAUGAGACCAAGCGUGGGGGGCACUUGCUGGAGUUGCUGAAUCCUUCAGAGGUCUUUGGGGACAUCAUGAUCGACUACACGUAUGUGGAGUGCACCUCAGCUGUGAUGCAGGCACUGAAGCAUUUCCAUAAGCAGUUUCCAGAUCAUAGGGCGGGUGAAGUCAGGGAGACCCUCGAGCAGGGCUUGGAGUACUGUCGGCGGGUACAGAGGGCUGAUGGCUCCUGGGAAGGCUCCUGGGGUGUCUGCUUUACAUAUGGCAUAUGGUUUGGGCUGGAAGCAUUUGCCUGCAUGGGGCAUCUAUACCAGGAUGGGGCAGCCUGCAUGGAAGUCACCCGAGCCUGUGACUUCCUGCUGUCCAAGCAGAUGGAAGACGGCGGCUGGGGCGAGGACUUUGAGUCCUGUGUGCAGCGGCGCUAUGUGCAGAGUGCCCAGUCCCAAAUCCACAGCACAUGCUGGGCCCUGAUGGGGCUAAUGUCUGUCAGGCACCCCAAUGUCGAGGCCCUGGAGAGGGGAGUCCAGCGUCUGGUUGAAAAACAGCUUCCCAAUGGUGACUGGCCACAGGAAAAUAUUGCUGGGGUCUUCAACAAGUCCUGUGCCAUCAGCUACACAUCCUACAGGAACGUGUUCCCCAUCUGGACUCUGGGUCGUUUCUCCCGCCUGUACCCCCAGAGUGCCCUUGCUGGCCCCCACUGA